AUGGAUCCGAACACCUCGAAGAUGCCUACAAUCCAGCUUAAGCCGCUCAAAGAUUGGCCCCGCAACUACGAUUCUGGAUAUUGUUACGACCGUCUUGGCAUAUCAGGACGUCCAGAAGACCAACAGGUUACCCUCGAUUUAGCACAAGAAAUCUAUGAUAUCGCAGCGGCUGAGGCUUGUAGCAGCGGCAGAGCCCUCAUCCACCUUUUCAUGUCAAGUUAUUCACGCGAUCAAAUCGGAUCCGAGUUGCGCAAGCGCAUACCGACGUUGCCAGCGAUUAUUAGAAAUCACAUCACGGACACCGACCUUCUCGUUGGUUCGCUGUAUAAAUACAUCGCUUGUAUUCAAGACGACUUGCAAGCGGACUUUGAACGCCGGCAAAAUCAACUACCGGAAGGACCGACAGAGAGACAAGAGACGACACAGCAGCCCGCACAGCAACGGAAAGAGUCAGCACGACAGCCAGCACAAGAGCAAUCGGAAGAGUCAGCACUAAAGCGACCAGAACAACAGAUGGAAUUCGAUUAUUCUCGGCCCUGCAUAGUACCUAAUGGUGAUAUCCAGAUCGUCCGAGCAGAUCGCCCGGAUAUGCCAAUUGCAAUUAGAGAAAACCCGCAGGAUAUAAGCCACGAUGGGGACUGGGUCAACAUCGCUAACAUUAAAUUCGAACGAUUUAAAGAAAACCUCAUCCAAGAAGCUUAUCUGGCUGGAGAGAUACGACUGACUUCUCUGAAUUUUGCAUCUACAAUUUUGCGAACUAUCCGUGAGCAUUGGUCCAAGUUUCGAAAUCCCUCCCCUGAACCCUUCCAAGGCCAAGGUAACAGGCGCUCACCAUUACCCAGACCUAAUAUGACUAUCGUUAUCCGGGACGGUAAUGCAAAAGGUGGUGCCCUAGUUGGUGAACAGCCAGCAGUGAAUCGCCCCUCUGCAAAGACGGGCGGUCGCACGCUCAUUUAUAACCGCCGUGCUGAACAGUUCACCCGAUAUGCGACCACCAGACUCGCUAAAGGGAAACGCAAGAGGGCAGAGGCGAGAGCGAGAGCAACAGCAGAAGCAGAGGCAGAGACCGAGGGUCAGACAGAUGCUCCACCGGCUCAAAGGAGAAGGCUACAAGUACCACACGAAACUGUCACUACUCCCUCUGCUAGUCCUAUCUCUGACCCUGCACUUGCUCUCGCUGGACAAGGACCUCAAGAGGGAGAUAAUGGUGACGCUGCUUUUCUCAGGCUGCUAGAUCCUGCACUCUUUAACGAAGCGGGACUUGUCGGCAAUGAUAGCGGCAACUUACAAGAGUUCUUCGAGCAGAACGAAUGGGCUACAGACCCGAUGGAGGAGGAUUGA